CAAUUCUAUUAGAAAAACUCAAACGUGAUCACCAAUUUGAGUUUUUUGUGCUAAUUUUUGUUGAAUUUUGUAUAUACAGAUGCAGAUCUUUGUGAAAACCCUCACUGGUAAGACCAUCACCCUCGAGGUGGAAAGCUCCGACACCAUUGACAACGUUAAAGCUAAGAUCCAGGACAAGGAAGGCAUUCCCCCAGACCAGCAAAGGCUGAUCUUCGCCGGAAAGCAGCUUGAAGAUGGCAGAACCCUAGCCGAUUACAACAUCCAGAAGGAAUCCACCCUCCACUUGGUGCUCCGUCUUCGUGGUGGGAUGCAAAUCUUUGUCAAAACCCUCACAGGAAAGACAAUCACUCUCGAAGUUGAAAGCUCGGACACUAUCGAUAACGUCAAGGCUAAGAUCCAAGACAAGGAAGGCAUUCCUCCAGACCAGCAAAGGUUGAUUUUUGCUGGUAAGCAGCUUGAAGACGGUCGUACUCUCACUGAUUACAACAUCCAGAAGGAAUCCACUCUCCACUUGGUCCUUCGUCUUCGUGGUGGGAUGCAAAUCUUUGUCAAAACCCUCACCGGAAAGACAAUUACACUCGAGGUUGAAAGCUCCGACACCAUCGAUAACGUUAAGGCUAAGAUUCAGGACAAAGAGGGUAUCCCACAAGACCAGCAAAGGCUGAUUUUUGCAGGCAAGCAAUUGGAAGAUGGCCGUACACUCGCUGACUACAACAUCCAGAAGGAAUCAACCCUUCACUUGGUUCUCCGUCUUCGUGGUGGGAUGCAAAUUUUUGUUAAGACAUUGACUGGCAAGACAAUCACUCUUGAGGUUGAAAGUUCUGACACCAUCGACAAUGUCAAAGCCAAGAUCCAGGACAAGGAAGGCAUCCCCCCGGACCAGCAGAGGCUUAUCUUUGCCGGCAAGCAGUUGGAAGAUGGCCGGACCCUCGCUGAUUACAACAUCCAAAAAGAGUCCACUCUCCAUUUGGUGCUCCGUCUCCGUGGUGGGAUGCAGAUCUUUGUUAAGACCCUCACUGGGAAAACAAUCACUCUCGAGGUUGAAAGCUCCGACACCAUAGACAGUGUUAAGGCGAAGAUCCAAGACAAGGAAGGAAUCCCACAAGACCAGCAAAGAUUGAUUUUUGCUGGUAAACAGUUGAAAGAUGGAAGGACCCUAGCCGAUUACAACAUUCAAAAAGAGUCCACUCUCCAUUUGGUGCUCCGUCUUCGUGGUGGGAUGCAGAUUUUUGUGAAGACUUUGACUGGCAAGACUAUCACUUUGGAGGUGGAAAGCUCUGACACCAUCGACAAUGUUAAGGCCAAGAUCCAGGAUAAAGAAGGAAUCCCACCAGACCAGCAAAGGUUGAUUUUUGCUGGUAAGCAAUUGGAGGAUGGAAGGACUCUGGCUGAUUACAACAUCCAGAAGGAAUCAACCCUUCACUUGGUCCUCCGUCUCCGGGGUGGGAUGCAGAUUUUUGUGAAGACAUUGACUGGGAAGACCAUUACUUUGGAGGUGGAGAGUUCUGAUACUAUUGACAAUGUGAAGGCUAAGAUUCAGGAUAAGGAGGGAAUCCCACCAGACCAGCAGAGGCUGAUCUUUGCUGGGAAGCAGCUCGAAGAUGGAAGGACUUUGGCGGACUAUAACAUCCAAAAGGAGUCAACUUUGCACCUUGUCCUCCGUCUCCGUGGUGGUUUUUAAAGUGUCUGUGUUUUGGGUUUGUUAAGUAUUAGUAUCUGUUACUUGUGAUCUUGUGAAAGAGAGACUUGUUCUCUUAUGUUUGUGAAUAAUAAUGUCCGAGUUAAUGUUUAGAAUGUUGGCCUUGGACUUUUCUGUCUGCAGCAAUCAAUGAGAAGACUGUGAUCUCAAAGUUUAGUCUUUUAAGCUCUUGUGUAGUUCUAAAAUUUGAUGCAACUGCGAAGUUGAUGAUCUUUAAUGUGGC